UUUAAGGUAAAUUGUAAGACUAGUACAAAAUGGCUGGUUCUUCAGACGGAGAAUUACGAACGGGUAGAGAUCAACAAGUACCGUUUGAGGCAACAGAGAUUACGGAUGAAGACAGAGCAGUUCUCAGAGAUUGUGCAAGAAACAGUAUUUGGUUUAGAGGUAUUCCUCUCGGUAUUGUAUCAACUUUUGGUCUAAGGGAAUUGCUAAUAAGAACAGGUUAUGUAACCAAGCUGAAAAAUUUCAAAGGGUUGGUGUACACUGGAGUGUUUGCUAUAACUUUUUAUGCUGGUGUGCAGUCUUAUGGUAAAACAUGCAUUGCAAAGAUAUUGGCAUUACCAGAUAAUUCCAAGCUGAAGGAGGCAGUAAUCAAGAACCUGCCAAAAAGUGCUGGGCAGACUAACUUUUAUCAAGACAAUCUGAAUUUACAAGGGAACCAGUGGGCAAGCCCUUCAGAAGAAGAAUCCAUCAUGGACAUGCAACUUCCCCUUUCCAGUAGCACUGCUACCCCUAACAAUCAAUCAAGUGAAGAUGAUCAUAAAGCACCAAAGCUCUAUUUUGAUGUUGAUGAAGCAAAGGAGAAGAAAUAUGCAACUUAUGAAGAUUUGAGAAAGAAACACCGUGAAAGAUGGAAUCCUCCUAGCCUUUCUUCAUCGAGUCAGACCAGGAAGGAGCAGAUCAGACAGAAACCACGAGAAACUGAGCCAGAUAGCAAGACAAGUUCAAGUGAUGUCUUCACGCCAUGGUUUGACCAAGAAGGCAGCGACAAUGACCGCAGCAGCCAGGAAGCUGGCCAGAGGACGAGUAAUCAGCGGGAGAGGCCUUCAUUUAGACAAGGGCCAACACCCAGGAAGAACAAAUAUGGUGAUCUAAUCGAAUGAAUCGCUGGAGGAAAGAAUCCUUUUUCGCGUCACUUUUCCUCCAUUUCCGUUUGUUGAAAUAUUUUAAAAGAGACUUCCUCGUAACUAACAUGUAUGCUAAGUGAUUGUUAAUAAAGAAUAUUGUAUCUUGG